AUGUUCUCUCUCUAGCGUCUCUCUCUUGCAUUACUGCGUGCCUGGUUCACUCUACUGCCCUGCUCUGUUUUUGCUCUGUUUUUCUCUAUCUUCAUUAAAGCUCUAUGCUUGUAGAGAGAGGGGGAGAAAUGUAUGCUGAAGCUGGGCUUUUGUAUCCUUAUUUUCAGUGCUUUUCUCAGGAGCUCCAGCAGCUUGAGGAGUUUUGUUUUUCACAGAAAACUAAUGCUUCAAUGAGCCACCUGGCUCAGAUGUCCACCAUAAUGGAAUAUGACCUGGGAGCAGAAGGAGAUCUGUUCAAAGCUCCGGAACCCAUCAUUGAAGAACCAGUCAUGGGCCUUGAUCCCAUGACUGCAGCCAUGUCGAUGAUACCUUGUGGGGAAGAUGUCAUCUCCCCACAAGGGCUCAAGGUCUCGGAUAUCGAAUCAAUUCAAAGUGAGCAGCUUUUGAGUGAGGUUUUCUAUGAAUGCAAGAAGGAUCUCUUGGCUAAAACUGUAAUAGAAUCACCACUCUCUGAGGUCCUGGAUAUCAAGAUUCCGGUUGCAAGGAUGGGAGAGACUCAAGCUGCAGAGGAGAAAGCACUUUAUGAAGGAUUGUUCCAGAAAAGUGUCAGCUCGGGGUGUUUAAGCUCGAUGGAGUGGGUCAAUGGGACUGCCAUGAGGCCGAACUUUCUGGACUUCCCUGGAAUGGACUUUGGAGCUGCUUAUGGGAUGCGGAGGGCAUUCAGUGACGGAGACAUAAAGACACUCGGUAAUGGCCAUAUGAGCCUCAUUCGAACUCCUCUCGACCAUCCAGUUGUUGUCAGCAACUACACCCCCACUGAAGAUCGCCAGAAAAAGCUUUCCAGAUACAGGAACAAGAGGACCAAGAGGAACUUCGGCCGAAAAAUCAAGUAUGCUUGCAGGAAGGCGCUGGCUGACAGCCAACCAAGGAUCCGCGGAAGGUUUGCGAAGACUGAAGAACUGGACAUGACCAAGAGACAAUGACUAGUAUUAACUGCAACUCCAGGAAGAAGAAAGGUUAGGAAUGAAGAAGCGAAAAGAAAAAGAAAAAGAAAAAAAAAAUCCGGAAAAAAGUAAUGAAAGAGAUCAGUACCAGUGUAAGCCUGGCAAAUAGAGUUUGGUAAGAGGCUAUAAAUAUGUUGUAGUGAAUCAGAAUAAGCCAGACCCCUCUCCUCUAUCUCCUCUAUAAAGGAAGGGACCCUUUCCAACACUUACAAACUGGUUGUAUCUGUCACUAGUUGUAAUAAAAUCUCCUCCUCUGUAGAACUGAAAAAAAAAAUCCCCCACUAGAGGUUGUACAUAGGGUUUGUUGAAUAAGAGGGGAUGUGAAAACAUUAAUGUACUUGUUCAUAUAUGUGUUAUGAAAUAACAGUAUUGUAGUUUCUUUUAA